UGUUAAAAGGAAAGGCCAUGUAACACAGUGGUGAACAUUUUUGCAAUGUUUUGCAGACGUCCAGCAGCUGAUCGGUAAUCCAGAAGAAGUUUCCCCUCAGUUAGGGGGGAGCUCCACUUUGAAGCAGGAGACUCCACAACCACCCUGCAUUAAAAAGGAAGAGGAGGAACUCUGCAUCACUCAGGAGGGAGAGUGUCUUCUAGGACGAGAGGAAGCUGAUUACACCAAGUUUCCACUGAGUAUUCUCUCUGUGAAGACUGAAGAUGAUGAAGAGAAACCACAAGUAGACAACCUCUUAGCUCUAUCAGAUAGUGAGGCUGAAGACGAGGUUGAAGAACCUUUGAGCAGAGAUAAAGACUGUGAAGGUGAUAUGAGGACUCACACUGACAACAAACACUCUGAAUGCUCUACAAAGAAGAGAGGUAAAACAUGUUUGAGCUGCUCAGUUUGUGCUGAAAGUUUUACUAAAAAGAGCAGUUUGACUAAACACAUGAGAACACACACAGGUGAAAAAACAUUCAUUUGUUCAGUUUGUGGCAAAAGCUUUUCUCGAAAUAGCAAUUUGACUCAACACAUGAGAACACACACAGGUGAAAAAACAUUUAAGUGUUCAGUUUGUGGCAAAAGCUUUUCUAUUAAGAGCAUUUUGACUCAACACAUGACAACACACACAGGUGAAAAACCCUUUAAUUGUUCAGUUUGUGGCAACAGUUUUUCUCAAAAUAGCCAUUUGACUCAACACAUGAGAACACACACAGGUGAAAAAACAUUUAAGUGUUCAGUUUGUGGCAAAAGCUUUUCUCUAAAUGGCAAUUUGACUAAACACAUGAGAACACACACAGGUGAAAAACCAUUUAGUUGUUCAGUUUGUGGCAAAAGCUAUUCUCGAAAUUAUGGUUUGACUGAACACAUGAGAACACACACAGGUGAAAAACCAUUUAGUUGUUCAGUUUGUGGCAAAAGCUUUUUUAAAAAUGGCUCUUUGACUAAACACAUGAGAACACACACGGGAGAAAAAACAUUUAAUUGUUCAGUUUGUGGCAAAAGCUUUUCUCGAAAUAGCAAUUUGACUCUACACAUGAGAACACACACAGGAGAAAAAACAUUUAAUUGUUCAGUUUGUGGCAAAAGCUAUUCUCAAAAUUAUGGUUUGACUGGCCACAUGAGAACACACACAGGUGAAAAACCAUUUAGUUGUUCAGUUUGUGGCAACAGCUUUUCUCAAAAUGGCUCUUUGACUAAACACAUGAGAACACACACAGGAGAAAAAACAUUCAACUGUUCAGUUUGUGGCAAAAGCUUUCCUCAUAACAGCUCUUUGUGGCGACACAUGAGAACACACGCUGGAGAAAAACCAUUUAGUUGUUCAGUGUGCUGUAAAAGGUUCCCACAUAAAGCAGACGCAGUAAAACACAUAAGAACACACAAGGGGAAAUAACCAAUUAGCUGUUUAGUUUGUGGUAUGUUGCUCAUAUGUGGUGACAUCCACCCUACCCAGGACCUCCUCACUGCUUCUUUCACAAAUAUCUGAGGUAUUCAUACAAACUUGGAUUAUUUGGAGCAUAAUCUUAUCUACUCAUGACCCCAUGUCUUCUCUGUAUCUGAAACCUUGCUGAACAGUAAGAUAGAUGAUGCUUCAAGUGCUUGGUUACUCCUUCUUCAGUCCUGGGGCCUCAUGUGUCAAGUUUGUGCACGCUCAAAAACCUGCACUACACCCUUUUUCACUGCAAAGUUGAGAUGUAUCAAAACUGACGUUGACGCAUAAGUGAUGCCGGGUAACUGUUUGCAUAACAAACU